CCCGGAAGACGCCAGUAGCAGGCGUGCUGCUGAGGCGGGUGUAUGGCGUCUCGCGUCCGCAGACCCGAGCAUGGUGGGCCCCCGGAACUGUUUUACGACAAGAAUGAAGCCCGGAAAUACGUUCGCAACUCACGGAUGAUUGAUGUCCAGACCAAGAUGGCUGGGCGAGCAUUGGAACUCCUUUAUCUGCCUGAGGGUCAGCCCUGUUACCUUUUGGAUAUUGGCUGUGGUUCUGGGCUGAGUGGAGGUUAUCUCUCAGAUGAGGGACACUAUUGGGUGGGCAUCGACGUCAGCCCUGCCAUGCUUGAUGCAGCCUUGGAUCGAGAAAUGACAGGAGACCUGCUUCUGGGGGACAUGGGCCAGGGCAUCCCCUUCAAACCAGGCUCCUUUGAUGGUUGUAUCAGCAUUUCUGCUGUGCAAUGGCUCUGUACUGCUAACAAGAAGUCCGACAACCCUGCCAAGCGCCUGUACUGCUUUUUUUCUUCUCUUUAUUCUGUUCUCGUCCGUGGAGCCCGAGCUGUCCUACAGCUGUACCCUGAGAACUCAGAGCAGUUGGAGUUCAUCACUACCCAGGCCACAAAGGCUGGCUUCACCGGUGGUGUGGUGGUGGACUACCCCAACAGUGCCAAAGCAAAGAAGUUCUACCUCUGUUUGUUUUCCGGGCCUUCAACUUCUAUACCAAUGGGACUGAAAGAAGAUGAGGAUGGAGAAGAGGCCAGGGAGUCCAUGUUCACUAAUAGAAGGGUCCCGUACAGGAUUGCGCGGCAGCGGUUGGUGAGAAAGAGCCGAGAGUGGGUGCUGGAGAAGAAGGAGCGCCGCAGGCGUCAGGGCAAGGAAGUCAGACCUGACACUCAGUACACCGGCCGCAAGCGCAAGCCCCGCUUUUAAGCAGUAGCUGUGUCUGGUGGGACAGCUCUGGGGCUACACAGUUGUGAACUGUGCUGUGCAGCCCAGGCACUUGUCUCUGGAGAGUUUUCUAUAUUGAUGUCUUUACUUCAGCUGGCAAAAUAGUAUUUUAGAAAGGUUCUAAAGUUCUAAACGUAUUUUCUUCACUAAAAAAAGUUCUGAGAACAUCUUAUUUUGUUCUGAAAGCAAAUAAAUGACUUUCUGUAGCACUCUG